AUGACAGAUGGUAUGCUUUGUUGGCAAUUCGAAGACCAACGUGUACAAAAAAUGAAUCCGUUUCCAUUUAUGCCAGGAAAACCAUCCAAUAUUCCGUUGCCUUGGAGUUCGUCGGCCCCCGUGUGCAUCGAUAACGAAACUGGUGUCGCUGUUGACGUUAAACCUGCGCCUUUUUAUCAAAAUCCCCGUUCACAUCCCUGGCGCCCCGUCACAAACUUCGAGCCAACUGUCAAGCCCUCGGAAAUGAUCACGAACGAUCUCGUCAACACAAGUUACUCUGCUGCCGGCAUGCAAACGGAGCCUCUCAAAUACCCGAAUCUCGUCACGGGCUUCGACAAAAAUCCGCAACACGCUGCCCGCUCGGCGCUCUACACGCGCUACACGCCCCUCGAAUGGUCUUCCUCCAACAUCUCCACGUGGGCCAAUGCCGACUGCAAUCGCAACAACGCGGAACGGAUGCGCAGCGAAGCGGUUCGUCUCAUGCGCGAAACUGACGAAAAAACGUCGAUUGGGCAACGCGACGCUGGUCGACGUCUCGGCGAACGUGUCACCGACGUCACUUUUUGGCGCAACGAACUCAACACGGAACUCGAAAAACUCGUUGCGGAGUCGGCGUUACUUGCGGACUGCAAACGAAACGUGCAAAAAGCGUUGCAAGACACGGAAGCGCCUUUGCACAUCGCCAAGGAGUGUUUGUAUCAUCGUGAGGCACGUCGCGAUAUCGAACUUGUGCACGAUCACGUCGAAAAAAGUCUCCUAUUUGAAGUCGACAACCUGAAAUCGUGUCAAGAGAAGUUGAGUAACAUGUUGGCACGCAUCGUCAAGCAACUGGCGGAUUGUCGGGCGGCGCAAUUUGACUUGGAAGACGACGUUUGUCACAAGGAAUCCGCAUUGGGCAUCGAUAAUGUCUGCCAUCAGCUCAAUAAUUUCAGUCGUGGCAUCAAUUAUUACUCUGGCGUGGAGAAAUACGAUCCGACAAUUAGCACGACGCAAACUUGGGCAGGCGCGAGUAACCAAAGAAUUAAUCGUUCUCAGACGGAAAGAGCUCGUUCAUCGCAAAUGAGAAGUGAUGCGGAGGCGUUAAUAAAUGCUUGUGCAACUCAAAUUUGGGAUUGUUGGAGCAACUCGAACAACUCUCUUAAUAAACGUGCAUCCGAGACGAUGGAAGCCAAGAGUAAAAUGCAAUUGAAUCUUCAUAAAACUCAACAAGAGAUAUUUGACGUGGAAAAACACAUUGAUCUCCUCCGCAAAGCCAUUAACGACAAGGCCAACCCUCUUAAAGUUGCUCAAACGCGUCUCGAGGCACGAAGUCAUCGACCUGGCAUGGAAAUUUGUCGUGACAAUGCUCACACUCGUCUCGUGGAAGAAGUUUGCGACAUCCAAGAAUCCGUUGCCGCCUUGCAUCGCAAGCUCCAAGAAGCCGAAGAGAAUCAUCAACGCUUGCUCAAGACACGUGCAAACCUGGAAAUUAACUUGAAAAAUAAGGUCGACGCGUUAUUCAUCGAUCGCGAAAAGUGCAUGGGCAUCCGUCGAUCCUUCCCUGUCAACAACACAAUUAAAUACUAA